CCGUUCGCGUGCAGUGCGAGAUAUAAAUACAAGCCACACGCGGAGAGCCCAACAGACAGACUCUGCAUCCGCUCGUGAUAGUUGGUGGCUGCGCAUCGCUCGCACGGAUUUAACUUGAUACAUAUCUCAGGAUUUUUUGCGGGAGAGGCGACUUUUGAAUAUUGCAAGCUGAGCAUAUUCAUCGCUUAUUCCUACACCAGUGGAUCGUAAUUUGCUGUGGUUUUGUGGGAUAUUUCCGAUAAGAAAAUGCCUGCCGAUAUGAUUGAAAAAAACUCAUCCUCUCCGGUCGCAGCAACCCCGGCCAGCAUGAAUACAACUCCCGAUAAACCCAAGACAGCCUCCGAACACAGAAAGUCAUCCAAGCCAAUUAUGGAAAAGAGGAGAAGAGCCAGAAUCAACGAGAGCUUGGGGCAGCUGAAAACUCUCAUCCUGGAUGCGCUCAAAAAAGAUAGCUCCAGACACUCUAAACUGGAGAAGGCGGACAUCCUGGAGAUGACUGUGAAGCAUCUCCGGAACCUCCAGAGAGCUCAGAUGACCGCUGCCCUCAACACCGACCCCACUGUUUUGGGAAAAUAUCGUGCCGGUUUCAGCGAGUGCACGAAUGAAGUCACUCGGUUCCUGUCCACCUGCGAAGGUGUCAACACCGAGGUCAGGACGCGGCUCCUCGGUCACUUAGGCAGCUGCAUGGGCCAGAUCAACGCGAUGAACUACCCCAGCCAGCAUCAGCAGCACCAACACCAACUCCCCCCCACGGGCGGACCAACCCACCCCUCCUUUGGCCAGUCCAUGGUGCAGAUCCCCAACUCUCCCCAGCAAAUCCUGCCCAUGAACACGGUGUCCUGUAAAGGAGGCUCCUCGCCGGGCAAUUUAUCACCAGACGCCACCAAAGUGUACGGCGGUUUCCAGAUCGUGCCUGCCAACGAUGGACAGUUUGCAUUCCUCAUACCUAAUGCGGCUUUUGCGCCAAACGGCCCUGUCAUCCCCGUGUACGCAAACAACGUCGGCACGCCGGUCCCCGUCCCAGCUGCGGUGUCCCCCGGAGUCCCGUCGGGCAACACGGAUUCAGUGUGGCGACCCUGGUGAAAAGUGGAAAGGACAAAAAAGACUCUAAAAUGACACUUAAUAGUUCUCUCUUUGUUGAAUGUUAGAAAGUUGUUUUGAAUUUUUUUUCUCGUUAAAUGGAAAGAGUAUGCACUAUAUUUGUACAGCUAACAAGGGAGUAAAGUUCAUAUUGAAAUGAGAAUUGUAUUGUGGAAGUCCGUUCACUGCAUUUUUUAUAUAUAUAUUUGAGUUGUCUUUUUUUACUGUGUGAUGCCAAAGAUGUUCAAUGCUCUUAUAAUGUUCUUCGUUUUGGAAGACAAAUAAAUUUGUAAAGAUAUGAAAAACAA